UGCUAAUUGAAUGCAUCGAUUCCUCGGCAAAGUGUUAAAAGUCCGGUCAAAGCUACGCGUCGAUUGCUCGCAGAAUGGUCUCCAUGGUGUGUCUGGUGGUUUUAGGGGCCCUGGCCGGGGCGGGCUGGGGCUACGGCCUGGGCGGCUGCCCCCGCCUGGGGUACAUGCCCCAGUUCAACAUCAGCCGGUUCAGCGGCAAAUGGUACGAAAUCGAGCGCUCCUUCUACCUGAUGGAGCUGGUGGCCAGCUGCGUCAGCGUGGAGGUCGAGCAGAAGCGCCCCGACCAGUUGGAGGUCUACGUCAGCUCCAGGAGUCGCGUGUCGGGGAUUUUCUCGAUUAGUGAGGGCACGGCCACGCCCACUAAGCGGGACGCCAGCCUGCUGCUCUACCGGGUGUCCAGCCGCCUGCCCAAGCUGCUCAACCGGUACCUGCCGGGCGCCGGCUACUACCAGGUGCUGAGCACCGACUACACCAGCUACGCCCUGCUCUACUCCUGCUCGAACUUCCACCUGUUCCACACCGACCUGAUCUGGGUGUGGGCGCGCUCCAAGGAGAUCGGGGUGGGGCUGCGCGCCCACAUCUACCAGACCCUCGCCCAGAACCGCCUGGACCCCGAGCGCCUCACGCUCCCGAAAAACAAAAACUGUACUGAUGACUACUGAUUAAAUCGGCGAUUUUCCCCCC